AGCGGCUGGCGGCGUAAACACACUUUGUUUAUGCUGCUGGGCCUCUCAUCCACAGAACGACAGUGUGUGCUGUGUUGAAGAAAGCUCAUUGAAAGACUCCAACAAAAAAAACGAACCCACCCCUCCCCCUAACAAGCCUCUCCGAGAAGAAUAAACCCCAGCACGAGCCCCGCAUUCGGAAAAGGAAGUUCAUCUUUUCCGUAGAAGCAAAAGACACCGAACUUCAAAGAUUCCCGAAGUGUCCGCAGGAAUUUCCUUCGAAAAAGGGAGAGGAAAUCUGGGAAAACUGGGAAGUUCCCUGAGGAUUUUCAAAAAGGUCUCAAAAAUUCAUUCUUGCACGAAAAAACAACCUGGAGUCAUCAGCAAGUUCCACGGCACCAGGAAUAAGGCUUCGAAUGUCCAAAAAUAAAAGAAGUGCUUGACAGAAAAAAGCUUUCUGUGACACGUCGACGAAAACAAAGGAAGCCGGCGCAAACACGUGUCAGCAAAAAAGAAAAAAGGAAGCCGUAAGUGUCGCCGUUUCCUAGGAUUUGCAGAAGAGGCGCCCAUCCCGAAUUUUCCAGCGUGGAAGCAUCCAAGCCUCUUCUUCCCAUGUUCAUGCCCAGAAGUGGCGUCAAUAAAGUGUCAAAGCCAAGCAUUUGAAAAAAGGUGAUGCACUUCCCGACCCGAGAACUUGAUUUCCACCAGAAAUAGGAAAUUUGUAUCCUGCAGUGAAAGGAUUGCACCCCGUUCCGAAUGAAAGAGCCCUGAAUGUCGUUUCUGAUGCGAUUCAGGGAAAACUUCUCCUGAGGUUCGCUUUUGAAAGUAGACCUGAAGAAUCCCAUCAAGGAUUUCCAAGCUGCAUAACCAGAAAAGCACCGCAAAACUCUCUGAUUCUUCAGAGAGAAAAAAAAAAAACCUACUGCUUCGAGAAAUAUUCACAGCUCGAAAAAGCUCGGGAGAGUUUCGGGGCAUUUUUCCCCAUUCCACUGCCAAAAAAUCAGCAUUUUUUGAAAGCAUUUAAAAAUCAUCAUCUCGAAGAAAAGAAAACAGCUAUGGAAAGAGGAUGAAAAUCGGAGCACGAUGAUGAUGAGUGAGAAUGCAACCGAAGUCCUGUACGGCAACGCCAGCAGCGAAAAUGACACUCUGGACUGCGCAGAUUUCAACAGCGGCGUUUCGGCGGCGUUUCAAGUCACCACUUACGUCAUGUAUUGCAGCGUGUUUGUGCUGGCUUUGGUCGGCAACGGCAUCGUUUGCUACAUCGUAUGCAGCUCAGCUAGGAUGCGCAGUGUUACCAACUACCUCAUUGUCAACCUUGCAAUCGGCGACAUGCUAAUGGCGAGUCUCUGCGUGCCAUUUAGUUUCGUGAGCACGCUCUUACUCAGGCAUUGGCCCUUUGGAGGGGCUCUCUGCAAGGCCAUCAACUACUCACAGGCCGUGUCGGUGUUUGUGAGUUCAUACACAUUAGUGGCCAUCAGUGCGGACCGCUACGUUGCCAUCGUGUAUCCAUUGCGACCACGGAUGACUUUCCUCCAUGCCAAGGGCAUCAUUGCAUGUGUAUGGACUGUGGCGCUGCUGACGGCCCUGCCGAUACCACUGGUGUCCGCCCUGGACCAGCCCGAGGAACUGCACCGCCGCUGUGGACUCUACAUUUGCCAGGAAUUGUGGCCCGGCCAAGAAGGGCCAUGGCGUCUAGAUGGCGACACGCAGAAGUACUACUACAGCAUGGCGCUGAUGGUCUUCCAGUACCUGAUACCGUUGUUGGCACUCCUGCUGACUUACGCUCGCAUCGCACUCGUCGUCUGGGGCGGUCGACCGCCGUCGGAGCUCCAAGGUGACGUCCGUGCUCAACGCAUGGCGAGAUCCAAGAAAAAGGUCAUUAAGAUGAUGCUGAUGGUCGUUUUGGUGUAUACGCUGUGCUGGAUUCCGCAACACACCCUCACGAUUUUGGGAGACGCUCACGAAGCAAUUUGGGCAUACGACCAAAUAGCAUGGGUAUGGUUCGCAUGCCACUGGUUGUCCAUGUCCCACACUUGCUACAACCCCAUCAUCUACUGCUGGAUGAACGCCAAAUUCCGCGCCGGGUUCCGGGCCGUGUUGGCGAGCCUGCCGUGCGCCGCUAGCUGCCCGAGCCGGGUCCUCGGGGACGCCCUCGACGCCGCCCACGGCGCCGAAGAAACCCACCGUCUCCGUCGCGGCACCACGAGAACCAACACUUACACGAUGUACUCCGUGUUGCGAACCGGACCGCCGCCCAUCCGCGCCAGGCAACGCGGAGAGUCCCUGCGACUGGCCACAGUCAACAACAACAACAACAACCCCGACAACCCACACCCUGCUACCCCCGAAGUCGCCACGACUGACGUCGACGGUCCGACGCAUCGAGAAGCUGAGGUGCGACAAAUGUGACGACCUUGUUUCCCCCCCCCC